GAAAAAAAUAGUAAUAAUAAUAAAUUCUUAUUCAUCACCACUGACGUUCCACCUGGAUCGAGAUUUACUACAAUUGGCUGUCAGAAUUUGAAAGGGAUCGGCAGGUCGUUCCACCUGGAUCGAGAUUUACCAUAAUUGGCUGUCAGACUUUGAAAGGGAUCGGCAGGUCAACCUGCCGAACCGGAUCAAGUCCAACAACCUGCUCUGUUUACUUGAAUUUCUAUAAAAUUCUGACAGCCUAUACAUAUUGUUAUUAGAUGAGAAGGGGAAUACUUGAAUUUGGAUGUGGUGGGAGUGGAGGGGAACUGAUUGGGGAGAAAAUGGGGUCGUUGGGAGUCAAAGGCUGCCAUUAAAGGUAAGCAUCAAGACAAAGAUGCAGUUUCAGUUGCAACCCCCUUUCAAAGCCCCUGCCCCCACACAUAAUUUUACAGCUCAAGUAGUGGGUGGUCCUUGAUUGAUCUACUUCCUUUCUCAGAGACAUUUCAACAAACAAGCACAGCCGCUCAGGGACGAAUCCGAGGACUGUCGUCACUCCACGGAUUUUGCGUAGAAAGGUGGCAAUGAGUUUCAGGGACGAAUCCGAGGACCUCAAGAAGCCUCUCCUGCAUUCAGGGAGCUGGUAUAAAAUGGGCUCAAGGCAGUCCAGCAUCGUGGACUCGAGGCAGUCCAGCCCCAUAGGCUCGAGGGAGUCCAGCACCACAGGCUCGAGGCAGUCCAGCAUCACGAGCCCCACGGCCCAGGUCGCUCGCGAUGGCUACAUCUCCGUCAUGCUCAGCGUCCUCAUCGUCGCCAUGGGCCCCAUUCAAUUCGGCUUCACCUGUGGGUAUACGUCCCCUACGCAAGCUGACAUGAUCGAGGACUUGGACCUUUCACUCUCAGAGUUCUCUCUAUUUGGGUCCAUAGUAAACGUCGGUGCAAUGGUUGGGGCAAUUUCAAGUGGCCACAUUGCGGAUUACUUCGGGCGCAAAGGGUCACUUGUGGUCGCUGGAAUUCCUAAUAUAAUUGGAUGGCUCGCAAUAUCGUUUGCUAGUGACACCACAUUUUUAUACAUGGGAAGGUUGUUGGAAGGAUUUGGCGUUGGUAUAAUAUCUUACACGGUACCGAUAUAUAUAGCUGAGAUUUCGCCUCAAAACAUGAGGGGAAGCCUCGGGUCUGUUAACCAGCUCUCAGUGACAAUUGGAGUAUUGUUUGCUUAUCUUCUGGGGAUGUUUGUCAGCUGGAGAGUGCUUGCAAUUAUAGGAAUUUUGCCAUGUGCUGUAUUGAUACCUGGCUUGCUUUUCAUACCAGAAUCUCCUCGAUGGCUGGCCAAAAUGGAGAGGACAGAAGAUUUUGAAUCCUCAUUGCAAGUGUUAAGGGGUUUCGGUACAGACAUUUCAAUUGAAGCGAAUGAAAUCAAGACUUCGGUAGCAUUAGCAAGCAAAAAAAGUACAAUAACAUUUUCAGAUCUCCGGAGAAAGAGAUAUUGGUUUCCUUUAACGAUAGGGAUUGGAUUACUUAUUCUCCGGCAAUUCACCGGUAUCAAUGGUGUUUUAUUCUAUUCAAGUAACAUCUUUGAGAGUGCAGGGGUAUCAUCAAGUAACCUUGCAACUUUUAUACUUGGUGUUAUUCAGGUUAUUGCUACAGGAGUCUCUACUUGGUUGGCAGACAGAGCUGGGCGCAGGCUGCUUCUUAUUAUAUCAUCGUCUGGAAUGACUCUUAGCCUCAUCCUUGUUGCAGUUGCUUUUUAUCUAGAGGGCGUUGUAUCAGAGGAUUCUAGUAUAUAUACCAUGUUUGGUAUACUGUCAGUCGUGGGGCUUGUGUUGCUAGUGAUUACAUUCUCCAUGGGAAUUGGAUCUCUUCCUUGGGUUAUAAUGUCAGAGAUACUUCCGGCGAAUAUUAAGGUCCUUGCUGGCAGCAUAGCAACAAUGGCAAAUUGGCUGACAACCUGGGUGGUCACAUUGACUGCAAACUUACUCUUGAGUUGGAGCAGCGGAGGUACCUUCACAAUUUACGCCACAGUCUCUGCUUUUACUCUUGUCUUCGUGGCACUUUGGGUUCCUGAAACAAAAGGCAAAACUCUGGAAGAGAUGCAGCGGUCAAGCAUGUAUUUAUCUGGGCACAGUAUCUGAAGUCAAUAUCAUGCAGGAGGAAGCAAUGGCACAAAUCGGGUCCAUAAUUACUCUAUAGCCAUUAGCCUGCCUCUCAAUUUUGUAUAGGGUGUGUUUGUGGUCUUUCCACCGCAAUUUAUUAAAUUAUGUUGAGAGAGUCCAUAAAUGAUCGUUGCCCUAAGGUUUACUCCGAGUGUAUUUAUUAUUUAAGCAUGCAUUGUAUUCCAAUGCAGACUUUGAUAGAGUGAAAUUUUGAAAGAGUUUUUUUUU